UCCAAUCUGCGCGCGGCAGCGGCGAGUCACAAAGGAGGCCGGACAAGCAGAACUUCAAUCCUAGAGGGUAGGGCUGCCCCGUAAGUGGGGCGACAAAACAAUAAAAGGGCUUCCUCAGCCCCAAACCGGAGGAUAGGGGAGCCAAUAAAAGCUCAGCCAUGUUUUGCGGAAAAUGGAAAAAGUCCGGCUUGGAAAGUUGUCAGCACCACCAGCAGCUUUCUGCCCAUCAUCAUGGAGGAACUGCCAAAUCCUCGGGGCACCGCACGUUCAAAAAAUUGGGUUUGACGGAUGAUGAAGAUAUUAAGAUAAUGCUGAAGGGAACCAGUUUCUGGAAAGUCAAGACUUAUCAGCCCCAGAAACAAAGGCUGUUCCGGCUUCUUGAAGAUGGGAUGUCUAUCUGGUUUGAGACUCGUUUUAAAAAGGCUCACUCCAAACAUAUUUUCUCCAUCCUCCAUGUUGAAAGUGUACGUGAAGGUUACCAAUCUGAGGGGCUUCGGAAAUUUGGUGGUUCUUUUGCAGAAGAGCAGUGCUUCACUAUAGUCUUCAGGGGGAAACGGAAAAACCUGGAUCUGGCUGCUCGGAAUGGGACUGAAGCCCAGCAGUGGGUGAGGGGACUCACAAAACUGAUGGUCAGAUGUGAAGCCAUGAGCCAGCAAGAAAAACUUGAGCACUGGAUCCAUGGCAUCUUACAUGAAGCCGACAAGAACAAAGACAAUAAGAUGAGUUUCAAAGAGAUCAAAAACAUGUUGCGAAUUGUAAACAUAGAUAUGAAUGACAUCUAUGCCUAUCAGCUCUUUAAGGAGUGUGACAAAUCAAACAAUGACCGCUUGGAAGAAUCUGAGAUUGAGGAAUUCUGUACACGACUAAUGAAACGGCCUGAGCUGGAGGACAUCUUCCACCAAUAUUCAGGAGUGGACUGUGUGCUUUCUGCUGAGGAACUACAGGAUUUUUUGCAUGAUCAGGGUGAAGAAGCAAGCUUGCAACAAGCUCAACAUAUCAUUCAGACAUAUGAGCUCAAUGAGAAAGCCAGGCAACACAGUCUCAUGAUGCUGGAUGGUUUCACAAUGUACUUACUAUCCUCAGCGGGAAACAUCCUCAACCAGGCGCAUGCUGGGAUUUAUCAGGAUAUGAGCCAGCCUUUAUGCCAUUACUUCAUCUCUUCCUCCCAUAAUACCUACCUAACAGACAAUCAGAUUGGAGGGGCCAGUAGCACUGAGGCAUAUGUUCGGGCAUUAAUGAAGGGCUGCCGUUGCGUGGAGCUGGACUGCUGGGAAGGUUCUAAUGGAGAGCCCAUUAUCUACCAUGGCCAUACACUUACCUCCAAGAUCCUCUUCCGGGAUGUAAUUGAAAGCAUCCGGGACCAUGCCUUCAAGCACUCUUCCUAUCCUGUGAUUCUUUCUCUGGAAAAUCACUGUGGCCUGGAGCAGCAGUCUACAAUGGCCCAUCACCUGAAAACCAUUCUAGGGGACAUGCUGUUGAUCCAGCCACUGGAUGGAGACCUGUCCAAGCAACUGCCAUCACCACAGCAAUUGAAGGGGAAGAUAUUAGUGAAGGGGAAAAAGCUAUCAGAGAACAAGACUGAUCCAAGAGUUUACUUGAUCUCCAAUCGUGAGGAAGAAAUGCAGGAGGAAGAAGACCAGAGGUUUAUGUCUUCUCUUCAGGAAAUCAGACCUUUACAGGCAAAGGAUGUUGUGCAGAUUUCGCAAGAGCUCUCUGAUGUGGUUGUAUAUUGCCGGGCUGUUCCAUUCCAAAGCCUGUCUGAUGCCCUACUCCACCAGAAACCUGUAGAGAUGUCAUCAUUCAGUGAACGGAAAGCCAGGAAAUUGAUCAAAGAUUCAGGAAACUUUUUUGUCCGAUACAACACCCGGCACCUCAGCCGUAUCUACCCAUUGGGUCUGAAGAUGAACUCCUCCAACUACAACCCUCAGGAGAUGUGGAAUGUCGGCUGCCAGAUUGUGGCAUUGAAUUUCCAGACGCCAGGUGCUGAGAUGGAUUUGAAUGAUGGGCGUUUUUUGGUAAAUGGCCGCUGUGGCUAUGUGCUGAAACCUGCUUUCUUAUGCAAUAACCAGAGUAAUUUUGACCCCAAGGUUCCCAUUCAUAGGAGUGGCCAGCACCCUGUUGUCCUCACCAUCAAGGUGAUUACAGCUCAGCAACUUCCCAAACUAAAUAAAGAGAAGAGUUCUUCCAUUGUUGAUCCUUUUGUACGGAUUGAGAUUCAUGGAAUUCCUGCAGACUGCUGCAAGAAACAAACUGAAUACCGGUUAAAUAAUGGAUUCAACCCAUGUUGGAAUGAGAUAUUGAUGUUUCAGAUACAAGUUCCAGACCUGGCACUGGUGCGCUUUGUAGUAGAGGAUUAUGAUACAACUUCCUCCAAUGAUUUUGUGGGACAAUUUACAUUGCCAUUGCCCAGCAUUAGGGAAGGUUACCGGCAUAUCCAUUUGCUUUCCAAGGAUGGUACCUCCCUUUCUCCAGCUACUCUUUUUGUACAUGUUAGAUGCAGGAAGAUGUGAAAGCUACAAUAAAGGUUCGAUUUGGAAAAUGUGAAAGUGGAUUGAGAAGGUCUAAUCAGUCCUCAGAAGAAUGGAUGAAUGGUUGUGCUAAUUCUGGAUGCCAGCUGCUACUAAAUCAAGUGAGGUCGGAGCCACAAAGAACGAAUGUUGCAGCCAGAAGAUCCGGGCUGAGAGAAGAGCAUGAAUAUUCAAGCUAUUUUAUUAGAUCAUGAUUUAAGAUUCUUUGUGUAGUUGAAGCUAAAAACGAGGUAACCUAAAGACUCCUAGAAUGCUUUCCUAGACAGGAUUUUAAUCUGACUAAAUAUUCCAUUUUAUUCUCUUGUUUGCAGUGGCCUGCAAAAAUACACAUUGCAGAUAGGGAUUUUCUGUAUUAUUUCUUUGUUAGUCACAAUAGAAGAAGCCUAAUGAAAAGAUGUUAACAGAUAACUUGUAAACUUGGGCUAGGUCCAUUGAAAUCUAAGGAUGUGAGAUAGAUUGAGUUAUGACUAAGAUUAAUGAGUGAUGGUGGUAUGACCCUUGUAGUAAAGACCCAAGAAAGUGAAAUGUGACCCACAAAUUGAAUUGUAGAAUUUGAGUUAGCCCAACCGAUUUGGAAUCUGAUGGAAUAUAUAUGUACUUUUGACAGGCCAAAAUGGAGAUUGGGCACAAAACUAGAUCUUUAUUUGUUUAGGACAAAAAUACUACACGUAGCAUAAAACUUAGGUUAUUUCAAAGAUCAUGUUUCAAAUAAUGAACAACAGAUGGGAAUUUUUAAGACAGAAGAUUGUAGAAUUUAAUCACAAGCCCAGAAGUAUCAUAGAUAUAUGAAAAUCCUUCAUCUACUUGGUUAGCUUUUCCUGAUACUCCAGGACAAUUUUAAUGAGAUUUAAAUACUAAUUGACAAAUUAGUAUUAACUGCUAUUCAAAACAUAUGUAUUUAUAUGGUCUUUAUUCUGGACAAACACUAAUAAUUAUUCUUAGGUUUAUUUUGAUACAUCACAUAGAUUGAUAUGAGGAAAAUAUUAGUAUUCCUACACAUUCUCAGACUCAUUUGGGGAGAAAUGUACUUUUAGAAAUUAGAUUUGAAGCGGUGUGCUAUUUUUCUCUUAGAACUUUUCAUUGUGAACUAUAAAAAAUCACUAGAGCAUUAAGGAUGAAUUUAUUUUUGCUAUAUUGUUUCUCCUGGUGAAUUUGAAAUAAUAUAGUUUCAGAGGAUUUAAUCUUUCAGUACAAAUUAAAAUCAGCUGUUGGCAGCUUGUGGCUGUUUUGGCAAUUGCUAGUUAAGCUGUCACUCACAAUGCAUCUCAAAGGAUUUUUAUAUUACAAUCUUACAUUAUCCUUCUCCUAUUGGGAGCCAUCAAGUUAAUCACUGCCUCUCAAUAUUACCUUUUACAAGAUUGUUCUUGUGAGGAACACACACACACACACACAGUUUUGAGUUACUAGAGGAAAGGCAGCCUAUAACAAUAAUUUAGUAAGGUUUUGUUCCAAGAGAGCACUUACAAGAGUGUAGUUUUAACUGAGUUUUUUUUUUAUUUUUCACCAUUUACUGCAGCUUGGAUUAGAUGGAAGAUAAGUCAAUUGAAAAUUUAUAGUAUGCACUCAUGCUUAAGCUAUGGAUGAUCGCUUCACAGUAAAUAUUAAGGUGACAUAAAGGAAAACGGUAAUAACUCAUUUGAUGUGUUUUUUCAAAGCAUUUCAAGUAGCAUAUCUUUAUAGUCUACUUUUAAUUUGCAAUAGUUUCUUGAAAGAGUUGGUUCAUCAUUUAUACUUUAGAGACUAAAGAAUUUCUGAACAUGUUUUUAUCAUACAACCUAAUCUUAUUUUUUGGCUGUUCAGCCUCAAUACAAAUAGAGUGCAAGGUAUUUCCCAAGCAUUCAGAAAGAAGUCAAAUGAAUCUGACAGCUGAGCUUGGAUGACAACAUACAUAGGAACAAGAAGAGUAUGUAAUUAUUUUAGUGCUACUUAUGAACAUUUUCAAUGAGGCUUCAAGUAAAAUUCUUUAAUGAUUCUUCCCACAGAUCACACCCAGAUUUUUAGCAAAGAUAUCAGACACCAUCAAGACGUUUGCCUGGCUGCUGCUCCUAUUUCACUUUUGGCUCAGUAGAUUCUCUUUUGAAUUUGCCCUCCCCCCCCCUCCUGAUUUUUCUAGGCAGAUUUCCAAACUAUGACCAUUUCCUUCCUAUGUUCCUACUUACAAUUAGACCCAUCUCAUGAAGCAGCAGCUGCUUACUCUCUUGCAGGGUAUAAUUACCACUUCUAAACACAGGAAGGCUUGUACACUACAGCACUUUAGAUCUGUAUUCUCGUUUGGAGAUAGAGGUUCACUUUUUACUUGGGGUAGAAAAUCUGGGGCAUCAGUCCUGACACAGCAAGGAAAAACUAGGCUAUAGAAUUGGCCCAGACCUAUUGUUAGACAAGCUCAAAUUUCUCUUAUGGGUGUACUUUGGGCUGCUAUCAGAAGUGUGAGGUUCAGGUUUCCAUAUUUUACUUCUGCACUAUUUGUAAAAAUAAGUAAUAGGCAUAACGUUACCUUAUGGAACAGAGGGAAGAUGACCAACCAAUGGUAAUAUCUGGUCAUGCAGCAUGAAAUUCAAUCUCUUGGAUACAAUACAGGAUGCAAAAGACAACAUAGGGCAAGAGGAAGGGUAUUUGAAUAGCAGCUACACAUAACUUAUAAAACAGAAACCUAUUACUGCAGUUUUCAAAAAUUAGUCUAAAUUGGCCUCCCACCCAAGUAGUAUGAGAUGGGCCUUGAGUCAAAUCCAAAUUUUACUGUAGCAGUGUCACUUUAUGAAACAAAGUUCAAAUGUGGAUGGGGAAGUAAACUAUACAUAUUUCUUGAGAUUUUUCAGAGGAAGGUGAGUUGUAAGUACAGAAAUUAAUAAAACAGUUUUUUUCCUGGCCAUUUCUAGAUUUUCCUGUGGAAUAGAUUAUGACAAAGUGAUCAAAUCAAAUUCAGAAAUGAAUUUAAAUAGUUGAAACCUGAUGACGUUUGCUUUCGUCAAUCCUGUAUGUUCUGUGAUGUUUAGCACUAGACAACGUUUACUUUUGAAUUUAUUUAUUUAUUUUUAAUGGAGCCUAUUUAAAUGCAAUUUACAAAUCCAGACCUGGUCUUUCUAUGUAGAGAAGUUUCUCAAAAGCAAUGACAUGUGUUCAUUGUCUGCCCCUCUCUUCUCCAAUGGAAAAAAGACCCCAUGAACCUAAAAAUCUUCUAGAAUUUGUUACUUUGUAAUUAUCUAUAUAUUAAAAAGACUGUUGUUUGUAAUGUAUUAAAUAAGUAAAAUCAGAUUUAAUUUUAGUAAAUGAUCUAGUUAGAGAAUAUUCAAGUUCCAUGGAGCACCCAAACAAGAAAAAGAAUAAAGCUGUAAUUGCUAUGAAGAAUUCUGAAGGAUCAGUUCCUUUAAUAUGUAUGAAAUUUGGGCAAUAUUGAUUGGGAUAAAUUUGUAUUUUUUAAUGUUCUUCUAGGUUCUAUAAACAAAUUUAGCCAAAAUAUUUUUGUUCUGUUUUUAAAAAGCAGGUAAAAUCAUAAAUAUGGAUUUCUCCCUAAAAUUCAGAUUUCCUUGGGUUGUGCACAAAUAAAAAUGUUUCUCCCAUUUUCCAAAACAUGUUUGAAAAAUGCUAAGUACUUUGUAAUGCAAGUAUAGUUGAAACAUAUUUUACAGAGAAAGCCACUCACAUUUCCAUGUGCAAAUGUGUAAGUCAAAACUCAUUCUCUGGCCACAAAAUUUAUUCAAAUUGUCUGAAAACUUUAUACCAAGCCAACAACAACAGCACUUUGACCAAGGUGUAUAGCUGAAGCCUGUAAUACUUUUCUUACAGAAAUUGAGGAGUAAACCUAAGUCUUAAAGGGGAAAAUGUUUCCACAGAUGAUUUUUUUUUCAACUGGCAUGAUGUCUGUCUUUUAGAAACAUAACUUUAUAACUAUUUAAUAAGAGAAAAGAUUUAUCAAUUUGAGACGGCUGUGGCAUUUUAUUACAAAUAAAGUAACUACACGUCACUUAAGAUUCUAUAUCUGGAUAGUAAGGAGGAAGUCAAGGAUUAAAUUAUUAGAAAUUUGCCCCAACCCAAUGACCCUUGUUGUUUUUGAAGGCUAACCCAUCAAUUAAAUUAUAUAAACCUGCCAAUCAGCAUGCUUUAGGAAAACCUGCUCCCUUAUUUAAAACAGUUAUAAUUUUAUUGUCUUGUUUCUCAAAUAAACAGCAUUAUUUUGAAGGCAACCUUCUUACCAUGGAUUAAUACUUAUUCACUCUCAGUGGACUUCCUACUCUUUACCCAAAGUCACUUUUAAUUGCAUGUUAUGAGAGGCAGGAGAACCAGCCCAUGUAAUGCAAAUAAUAACUUAUGAGAAUGUCAUUCUCCUAAAUCACUGCAUAUGAAAUUAUUGAAUCACUCAAUUACACUUGGUAUACCUUAAUUAUUCAGUAGAGGCAGGAUGGAAGAAGGUUUAAAAUACAGGAUCUGAAAAAGUGAACAGUAGAAUGUGGAAGAGCUUUCAGGCAUGUGGGUGGAAUGAUGCUAAGAAAUAAUGAUCUGCUGUUUUGUCCAAUGGAUUGGCAAUGGAUUUAUGUCAGGUCAUGCUUCAGCAUAUUGGAGAGAUCUUAAGUGCAUCCUAUCCAUACAAGAACUUAUACGGUGGGAUUGUACUAGCACGUUAUUUCUGACUAUCUGUAUUUAUGCCUAUCCUAACAACUACUGAUUUGCUAUUCUUAUUAUUUCUAUUUUUAGGAUACCAGCUAGCUAAACUUUUUAAAUUAAUGCUUAUGCAGUAAAUGUGCCAUUUUUAAAGAUGGGAUGCUAUCUAUAACUGGGAUCUUUGAUGAAAAUUAAAUUCUCAAGCUCUCCCUCAUGAAACACAGAAGGGACAAAAAAGGUUGUUAUGCAUUUCUCACAUUCAACAAAUGCUACAAAGGGAUCACAUGCACAAGAGACCGGGACUCCAAAGUUAUCUUUGAUAUGGUUCACAUCCAGAACUGUAACAGAAAUGAAAAUAAAACUACAAUAACCAAACAAAAAUGCCAGAAUUUGGUCUUCCAAAGUGUGUACAGAAUCUGAAUUCAGCAGCACAUCUGCAAUAGAAGCAGAUAUUAGCACUGAAGCUUUCAAGAGCAGUUUUCUAUCUUUCCCAUAUCAUAUAUGGGAAUAAUUACAUCCCCAAAAAAGUUACCAGUGAAUUGCCCAUACUAUAUAAAGGACAACUUGGACACUGAGCAAAGGCAGAGAGAUCAUAUUGAAGUUUUAUCAUUUAUACUGCUGUCAUUGUGAAAAUUAAGCUAACUAUGCAAAUAGAAGGAUUUUUUAAAAGUGUAGAUGUCUUUCACUAAUUGAAAGGAACAACACAAGAAAUGUGCAGGUUUUGGGGGGGAAUAUAAUCUUUUUCCACAAGAUUUGUUUCAAAUUUCCAAAAUGCCUUUUUUCUCCAAAGCAGUAUAUAAGCUCUUGAAUUAGGCAUUUUGUGCUAUAUUGUCUAUUACACUAUCUACUAACCACCACACAGAUGAUGCAUACUAAAAGUCAUAUAGAUAUGUGCUCCUCUAUCACUGUAUUUUCCCUGAAGUAAAAAAAUCUAUAAUUACAGAGAUUUCAUUAUGUCAAUAAACUAAUCUGUGCAAGAUAAAUUAACCUUGAUUUACAUAGCACGAUUCAAGCUUUCCACUGAGAAAAUGAGAUGAGAUGAUACUAACCGUCCUAGUCACAUGAUAAUCAUAUUUUGGAAGAUUU